AUGGGCACCGUUUUCUUAGUCCACGACUUGUCGUCCGACCCCUCCGCCCGUCGCCCAUUCGCUCUCAAAGUCGUCAACAAGUCCACCCUCUGCUCCAAGCUAGACGCCGAGCGCCAUGCCCCUGAUGGGACAAACAAUGCAUCUGUUCCAGAAUCCGGGCUAGUCGACAAGGCGUUGCUAGGGUUGAAGGGUAUGGUUGGAGGAUUGGUGCUGAAAGUUUGGAGGUUUUUAGUGAAGGCAUGGAAGUUAGGAGUUGAUGAGCCCAGAAAGGCGAUCCAUGCUCUCAAAGUAGGGUUGGCUAUUUCAGUUGUGUUGCUUUUUUACUACAUGAGGUCUUUGUAUGAAGGUGUAGGUGGGAACGCAGUGUGGGCGGAUAUGACUGUUGUGGUAGUUUUUGAAUCAACUGUUGGUGCUACACUAUACAAAAGCAUAAAUAGAGCAGCAGGAACUUUUCUUGCAGGAUCACUUGGCUUGGGUGUCCAUUGGAUUUCUUGCAAGGCAGGACAAAAUUUUGAGCCCAUAAUUAUUGGAACCUCAGUUUUCCUCCUAGCUUCGGCAGCCACCUUCUCUCGCUUCAUCCUCACCUUCAGCUUAGUUUCGAUUUCCGGAUAUCGCGUGGAAGAGUUGUUCGAGUUAGCUUACCAUAGACUGCUCACUGUUGGCAUUGGGACCUUCUUUUGCAUUCUAAUUAGCAUUCUCUUUUAUCCCAAUUGGGCUGGUCAGCAGCUCCACUGUUUGAUCUAUAAUAACCUGGAGAAACUGGCUGAUUCCUUGGAUGGAUAUGUGCUGGAGUACUUCAAAGACAAUGAAGCUGUGACUGAAGACAAUUGUUCUACUAAGCAAAUCAAGGGGUAUAAAUGUGUGCUCGAUUCGAAGGCAACAGAAGACAAUUUGGUAUGCCAUCGUGUUACAUGGGAUCGAUAG